AUGAAAGUUGCUGUGGUUGGUUCAGGCGUAUCUGGCCUCGGCGCAACAUGGCUCCUGAACGAAUACACCGUCCAUGAGGUUCAUCUAUUCGAAGCGGACUCCCGUCUAGGCGGCCACGCGAACACAGUCAUCUUCGACCGGCCAGGGAAGAAGCCGACUGACGUGGAUACCUCAAACGUCACGAAGAUUGUCUUCAACCCCAGCACUUACCCAAACUUCAUCAACUUCCUCAACAUAUUCCCGGACUUAGCAGAACGCAUUAUCAAGACAGAGAUGACCUUCUCCGUCUCCCGCGACAUGGGGUUCUUUGAAUGGGCCGGAGAUAACCUCCUGACUAUCUUCUGCCAGCCGUCGCGUCUCCUUGACUUGCAAAUGUGGCGGUUGAUAUACGACGUGCUACGCUUCAACGUCAGCGCACAGAGGUUUAUUAUCGAACUUGAGAGCAAGACUUCAGCAGAUGAAGAGAUUUCUAUUGGGACGUACCUCCAGCGCCAUGGAUACUCGGACUCGUUCCGGGACAACUACCUCAUUCCUAUGACCGCUGCUAUCUGGAGCACUCCGCCAGACAAAUGCGCUCUCGACUUCCCAGCGAAGACACUGAUACAAUUUAUGCUGAACCAUCAUCUUCUACAGAUCACAGGAAAACCAAAGUGGCUCACGCUUCGCGGCGGCAGGCAAGUAGGCUUGAUGAGCCAAUUUAUCAUCUCCCGACUGUCACCGUCUCGGCUGCAUCUCUCAACUCCUAUCAAGGCGCUGAGGUCGGCACCUCUCUCCGACCAUGCUUCCCAACCUCAUCGUGUGGAACUCACCACGGCGUCUGGAGAGAAGAUGUUGUUCGACCACGUUAUCUUAGCAUGUCAUACGGACACGACCGUAGAAAUACUCAAGGAGGGCGGUGGGAUGACCUCUGAGGAGACUCGUAUAUUGGAGUCGUUCAAGUGGAACAGGAAUGAGGCUGUACUACAUUGCGACGAGCAGCUCAUGCCAAAGGCUCGCAUUGCCUGGUCAUGUUGGAACUAUCUGACCAAGUCCGUUACCGACAAGGCCGGAAACUACCUUCCGAACAUCAAUCAGGUUUCUUUGCUAGACUGGAUGAAUGCACUUCAGCACCUUUCGAUGAAAGACCACGGCCCGGUGCUCGUAACGCUCAACCCGCCAUUCGACCCUAAGCCGUCCCUCACAUUCGGCCGGUACAAGUACGACCACCCCAUCCUCAGCGAGAAGGCCAUCCGAGCGCAGUCCCUCCUUCCAAGCAUUCAAGGCACCCGGGGGAUCUCCUACGCCGGUGCUUGGACGAAAUAUGGCUUCCAUGAAGACGGCUUCACCUCCGGACUGCGCGCUGCCGCUGCCGUCGCGGGGCCUUCCGCCAAGCUACCCUUCGAGAUCGUGCCCGCCGAUCGUCAGCCAGACCGGAACGUGCUGCGGCUGGCACGGGCGUUUGACUUCUUCGAAAGCUCGGGAGCGGCGUGGCUUCUUGGAAGCCUCUUUGUCUUCGUCUUGGCUCUCUUGAGGCGUACGGUGGAGGGACUGGGUGUCAAUCUCAGGCACCUGGAACAGACGCACGAGACGGCUGAGAAGGCUAAGGCGAAGGACGAAUAA